AUGAAGCGGCUGUGGAGCCCGGCAUUGUUCGUGUGCUGCCUACCGGGUGUGGGCCUGGCCUACAAGGUUCUUUCCUCCCAGGAACCCGAGCAGUUAAACCAGACGUUGGAGCACGAGGACGAUGCGCCGGAGGGCCCCGUUCCGCUCUACGCUCAACUUGCGGCAGCAAUCCCACUG